GUCGCAAGAAAUUGCAGAUCUCUAACUUCUCCAUUGAGAUUGCAUCUAAAGAUAAGGGUCAACAUACGCUUCUACAGAUGGCUUCUUUCCGAGCAUUCUUGAACAGUCCAGUUGGUCCUAAAACAACUCACUUUUGGGGACCUGUUGCCAACUGGGGAUUUGUGAUUGCUGGCUUGGUGGACAUGAACAAACCUCCGGAAAUGAUUUCUGGCAACAUGACCGCUGCAAUGUGUGUCUAUUCAGGAUUGUUUAUGAGGUUUGCAUGGAUGGUACAGCCACGGAACUAUCUGCUUCUUGCGUGCCAUGUAUCAAAUGAGAGCGUACAGUUGUAUCAACUUUCCCGUUGGGCUAGAGCCCAAGGGUACUUGUCAGAAAAGAAAGAGGAAGCCCCAUCAAAGUAAAGCAGCUUUCCUUCCUAUCUGGUUUGUGAUUUCUGAUUCUGAAGAAUGUGUUUUCUGUAUUUGUUUAAAUAUGCUAUUGAAUCAAGUUACAGUCAUUUGACUGCAACAAAUGUAGCAGAGGCUGGGCCAAUUGCCAUUUAAUUAACCUUGUUGUCAUUACCAUCAAAGGGGAUAGCACAAUAGGUUCAUUAUGUGUUUGUUUUUAUAACCUUUGCCUUUUGAUCAUCAGAUCCUACUUGGAUUAUCUACAUGCAAAAAGGUUGGCGUUAUGCAAUCUAUGUUGUAUUAAACAAAAUUCUAGAUUAAAAUAAAAAAUCGGUACUCGGUCCAAUAUGAUCGCAAAAAUAAUGAAGCAUUGGUUCUAUA